AUGCAUACCAUCGAGAAGAUGCCGAACGCACCGACGAAGCGACUCGGCGUGGACCUGAAUGUUGAUACUGGCUAUAAAGGAAAAAGAAGAGAGAGUAUAUCUCCGCCCCAGACACCGGAGGCGCAGACCACCACUAAAGAUAUUAUUACUUCAUCAAAUCGGGCGCUUAAUGGACGGAAUGGAACAGGGCAUACAUUUUUAGAUGACAUUACACCGGCGGAUCCUUCGAACAGAGAAAAUGAUCCUGAGAAUGUACAAAGUAACCGGGAUUCCCACGACCUCUCACUUUCUCCCCGACAAGUUACCCGCGAUUCCUUGGUAGAUCAUAUGCUACUUUCCCUAGAUCAAUUCUCCUUUGGACAAGAAGAUUUUAGUUUGCGCAAUCCUACGCUUGCUGAAGAUCGGUUAUAUUCCUUCGGUGAUGACGAACCACACCAAUCACCUCAAAAUUUCGCAGCUAGGGGUGGCAGAGGACACGCUUAUUCCUUUAGUUCUGACUACGAUCCGGCGGAUGACUCGAGUCGAUACUCAGACAGAAUCUCUCGCAGUCGAAGAAGUAAUAGCAGUUCCAACUUCCAAACUGGCUUGACGAGAAUUAAUAGUAUACGCAACGACAUUGGUGGAUCAGGCAGAGGACCUCCGAUACCACAGCGCGGAGGGAGAAAGAAUACCGGCAGUAGUGUGGGAAGUAAAGGGAGCAGUGCGAAUAGUUUCGACCUUGGUUACGCACAAGUUACAAGCAAUCAGAGGUGGGCCCAUGGUUUGGCGGGGAGGUCUUCAAGCUUUGAUUACGGCUGUGAUCUCCAAGCAACUUCUCAAUCCAUCCUAGGAAGACAUAUGAAUAAUAUACAUGUGCCCUCUCCAUCUCCAUACGACUACGACGCGGCUCCAACACCUACAGUGCCUGGCGGUCCACGACGUCCUCGACCCACAUCCCCAAUUCUGGUUUCACGACCGGAUCUUGCCAUGAUCGAUCCUCCAAUGGAAAAUUUGGAGAGGAAAAGAAGUGCAAAAUCUUCAAAGAGCGCACACAAACCGAGGGGUUUCAACAAUCCUGCCAGGCAUGAAUAUGGCCUUGAUGAUCGCAGUAAAGAAUUGCCACCCAUGCCGGCUUUCAUAAAAGAACAAUCUCCUUCACCUGAUGGGGCCUAUUCAAAAGCGAAAGAUGUUCCCCAGCACGCGCAACCUGCCGCUCAAGCGCCCAAGGAAAAACCCGGUUUCUUCAGAAGGGUUUUCGGUUCUUCCUGGAACAACAGUGGGAACAACAGUGUUGUGGUACCCGACCCACCGCCUUCGCACGGUUCCACUACGUCCACUGAAACGGCCGAACGCCCAGGUAGCAAAACUCAUGCUGCUAACACAAUGAAAUCUAACAACGUAUUACCAUCUCGAGAAAACCCACAGGCCCCGAAAGAACAGCCGCAUGUACUUACUAAAAAACCAUCAUCGUUCUUCCGCCGGCGCAAGAAGUCCGUGUCUGACCCCGAACCUGUUCCCCUGCCAGCAAUGCCGUUGCCAUCUAUGAUGCUCGAGCCACAUAAAUUACGACCAGUCAUUCCAGAUUCACAGCCUGAGGCUAGCCCCGUAAGCAGUCUUCGCCAGGUUAUGAACCCAUACCUACACAGCCCAGGGAGACCUCCAUUUGAGGCUCACCUUCCUACCGCUAGCCUUGAUCGGCAAAUUAAUGAAAUUUCCGAUGAUGUUGAACGCAACAGCCAUGUAAGGGGCUUUUCUCCGAAUUACGAUCCAGACCCAAAUGCUACAAUCCGACAAAUUCCUCCUUCGAAACCGGCGUCAUCGCAUGCUGGGGACAGUCGCCAAUCAUCUUAUUCAUCCAUUAAACAACCGCGAAGAUCCGCGAGUACCAAUUUGGCUAUGCCUGGUGGAUUUGACGGGCAAGCCAAGGAAAUUCGUGACACAUCCUUCCAGGGUACUAAUGAGAGUGAUCGUGACGCGAAGUUUAAUUUGACGACCACGAAAGAUGUACCCGGUAGUACAUUGUUACCCAGUCCGACCUCUUCUGGUCCAUCUUCCUCGGUGGUGAGGGAUAUGGCUAUUGUUGCGGAAUAUGAAAGAACACACUCAAAACUUUCACCGACGACCUCCAAAAACCCACCAGAAUCAGAGACCAAUCCAGUAGAACCUCUUUUGGAGUCACCUUUAAGUACCGUGAAUUCCAAGGACAGUCAGGCACUAUCAAUUGGUCCUGCCAAAGAAGAAGAUUGGGUAGUGCUUGCUCCUUCUAAGUCGGACUUGCCAGAGAAAGAUCGUGUUUGGUUGGAACCUGGAUCAUCGGAAGAAGAUCUUCCAGCGACAAAUACUUUGAAACCUAAACUCGCGAACUCGAUUGCGGCUUCCGGAUCUACCGAUACCAUAUAUAAAUCGGCUGUUAGUCUACCACUUUUACAAGUCGAGGGACAAGAAGAAGGCCCGCCUGCUAGCCCUCCUCCAAUGUCUUACAAGGAAAAUAUUGCGCCAUUUGACUUCCUGGAAUUGGAAGGAGUUGAUGAUACAGAACCCACAGAAGAAGACUUAAUUAGGGCACAGAAGUUAUACGACGGCAUUGAAGAUUUCAUUCCAAAGGAAAAGGCGACGGCAUGGAUGGGAGACGAGGGAGUUGUUCGAGCAAGGACUCUGAAGGCGUAUAUGAGUCUUUACGACUUCACGAACCUUAACAUACUCGCUUCGAUGCGUGUAGUUUGUGGUAGACUGGUGCUUAAAGGUGAAAGCCAACAGGUUGACAGAAUAUUAGAUGCUUUUUCAAAGAGAUGGUGUCGAAGUAAUCCCAAUCAUGGAUUUAAAACUACAGAUGUCGUGCAUACAAUUUGUUACUCGGUUCUUUUGCUCAACACAGAUCUGCAUAUCGCCGAUAUUGAGCAAAAGAUGACUCGUAGUCAGUUCAUUAAGAAUACAAUGCCCACGAUACGACGAAGCGUCGCAGAUUCUGUGCAUGAAUUUGAGCCCAUCAGACCCACGGUACUCCCUGGAAAAAGCUCCGCUUUCGAUGAUCCCAAUGUUAACGACGAUAAUGCCGACGCUGUGUCAAUUGAGGUUUUUGAAAAACCUUCUUGGAGGUCUUCAUUCAAGCCUGCGCCGCGUCAAGAUCCUGAUAACCCAAACGCUCCCACACCUUUAGAUUAUGAUACCCCUAUGGAUGAUUGUGGACCCUUAGUUAAGGCACCUUUUCGCGGGACUUUACGUACCUGGGAAGUGCAGGUUGAGAUUGUUCUUAAGGACUUUUAUAAUUCUAUCCGCAAUGAUCGUCUUCCGCUAUUCGGUGCUGGCGAUAGGUCACAAAUGCCGGCUUCUUCUAAUACUCUUUCAGUGUUCGCCAAUGGUGUGUUACGCCGUAGUCCUAGUGUUUUAAGCAAAGCCCCUUCAGAGUCGCCCAGUUAUCUUCGGGGGAGAACUGCAGAAACUGUUCGUACAAAUGGAAAGUGGAGCAACAAAACUCGAUCGAGACCUCGUCUGUAUCCCAAUUCAGCCAUGGGAUCUAGUCGAACUAGCUUGGAUGAUCAAUCAUCUAUGUGGAGUCCUUCCGUAUCAUCUAGUACUUGGAGCAAGUAUUCUCUUGGCAAACAUACCUCGAUGUCUGUAGACUCUCUUGGUUCUGUCUUCCAAGGUGAUUACCAACAAUCAAUUGGAUUUGCCAAUGCUCUUAGUCAAGCAAUUAUUCGCGAAGAAACAGUCCAUAAUCCAGGCAGCAGAGGUAGUGACCAUGAAGAACUUCGUGUUGCUCCUUUACUCGAUGAUGAAUCUUUAGAACUUGCUGGUGCACCAUGGGCAAAAGAAGGUAUGGUAACGCACAAGCAUCAUCUGGAAGCUCUUGACAAGAAAGCAAAGGAUCGUAACUGGAGUGAAGUAUUUGCUGUCAUCGAAAAGGGCUACAUGAGCUUGUUCUCAUUCUCUACGAAAAGCGUGCGAAAGCCUAAAGUUAAACCAACUGGUGGAGUUGUUGGUGGUGGGAAUUGGCAGGAGAACGCCGAAAAUCUUGGCUCAUUUCUGCUUCGACAAACUAUUGCUAGUGCGCUACCUUUACCAGGCUAUUCCAAGGCUCGUCCUCAUGUCUGGGCGCUCUCUUUACCUACUGGAGCGGUACAUCUCUUUCAAGUAGGCACAGCAGAUAUUGUCAAAGAAUUCGUCACAACAGCCAAUUACUGGAGUGCUCGCUUAUCAAAUCAUCCCCUCGUUGGUGGUAUCAGCAAUAUCGAGUACGGCUGGUCUGAUGACAUCGUGAAUAACCCUCUAGUCACUGCCAUCAAUGAACAAAACACUAGGCCAUCAACCUCUGGUGCUAGACCUAGCAUGCAAAGUUCUUUACGAUCAAGCUUGGAUCACGGUUAUGUGGGUGGUAUUAGGUCAAGGUUACCAGGUGAUAGAAUCGCCAUAAAUGAUUGGAGUCCUCCAAUUCAGAGUAUGAGGGCUAGUAACUUAAUGGAGCCGGAUCAGCUAAGAACAUUGACUGCUUAUGUGCAGAGUGUUGAGGAAGAAUUGCAGAGACAUAAUAUGUUGAGGAAUCCUAUGCUUUUGGCUUACACACCACGUCACCCUAACGCUCAAAAGGCAAUGGCAAAUUGGGAAAAGAAAUCCUCGUACUUGCUUCGCGAAAUUGUGAAGUUCACAACAUAUAUUGAUAGUCUGCAUACAGCUGAGGUAGUCAGACAAAGGAUAUAUGCUGAAAGAGCAGCGCAUCAGGCUGUCGCUGAGAGAAAAGAUGAAGAUGAAGAAGCAGAGGGCAACACCACAAUCACCAAAUGA